AUGGUUUCAAGAAUGAUCAGAUUCCCCAGUCCCUCCUGUCGCCCUCUCCUACAUAACGGCGCAAAACAAUCGGGGUCGUCACUUCAUGAGAACCACCUUGACGACCAUGAGGAGGAAUCUUUUGUGUCCUUUGCGGAAAGCAGAACAAUGUGGUUGCAAUGGAGAACCGACUUUUCGGACCUCGAACUAGAAGAUGUGGGCGACUUCUUUCUCUUUUGCUUUCAAAGAACAAGCCUAUUGGCCAUUGAGAAGAGACUAGCUUUGAUUCCUCAAAUAUCCAAAUCCGCGAACAAUGGCUGCAACGAGACAGGCAAGAGUCCAAACAGAAAGAGAAGGAUGCCAAAGAAGCUGGGUAACUGCAUCCAUUUGCCAUUCCAAUGGGUUCUGAAACGACUCCCCCAUAGCCCCCAUGAUCAUACACCACCUAAUAUAGAGGGCGCACCAGCAGAGGACAACUCCAAGGGCGAGAUCAUAGGGUUAUGUAACAAUCCACUCGAUGAAGAUGGUGAAGUUUUCUCCGAUUUGGGAGGAAAAGGCCAAGAACAAGACGAGGAACAUCCAUGCGAUUGUUGGUGCUAUAUGUCGAUGUGGACGGCACUAUGCCAUUAG